AAUUUAGAGAGAGAUAGAGAGAGAGCUCCGCUAAAGACCAGUUUCGCCUUCUUCUGAUAACCAUUGCUUAAAAAAAGAAAAGCAGAGGGGGGAAGAGAGGGGAAGAAGAAAAUCAGAAUCUCUCCUCGGAUUCGGCUUCACUGAUCUUUGAAACCCUAGCCAUGGCGCCCGCGAAAGAUUUCGAACAAGGUUCAUCUGCUUCUAACCGACGUUGUCGCCUUUUACUAGCCGUAUGAUGGCUGGUAAACCACCGGAAAACGAAAAUGCUUUUUCUCUUUUUAUCAUGUCAUUGGCUAGGGUUUCAUCUCGUUCUCUAUCUUCUGGAAGUAAGAAGUUCUACUUGAUUGAUGAUGGUUUGAGAACGCGAUCAUCAUUUUGAUCAUCUGAGGAGGAGAGCUAGAUAGAUAGAUAGGUCUCUGUUUGUUUUUUCGUUUUCCGGUGGUGACUUUACCUUUAUAUCGCCGCUAUGGCUGCCGGAAAAGGAUGUUUUGAGAGGAUAAGAAGAUGCAUUCGGACGGUUUUCUUUAUGUUGACUAUGAUAGCCUCACUUCUCGUUCUGUCGGCUCCUUUGCUUGUCGCUGUUGGAGAUACAUUAGUGCCUUGUGUUUUAAUUUCGAGCUUUACGUGUGUGAAAUGCUAUAGCUUCAAAGAGCAUUUGCAUAGAUACGGGUUCAGGAGUUCUUUGGUGGAUAUUCCGCUUGUUUCGGUCAUCAGAUCUCUCGUCAUAACGUGUGUUUAUUCUUUCUGUGAUGGCCCAGGGCUCUCUCAUGGGCCUUAUCUUGGAAUUACAACACUCUGCUCCUUUGUGUCAGUUGUUAUUCUAUCAGUGAAGGCUUGUAUUUUCACUGUAAUUUCGGAAUUCCAUGAUGAAGCUUCUUCCUCCCCAGCAAGACAAAAGCUUCAUUUGAAGAAGUCCUGGGGAAUGCCUGUUUUAUUCCUCUCUUCAUUAGUCUUUGCACUUGGUCAUAUUGUGGUUGCCUAUAGAACAAGCUGCAAAGCACGGAGAAAGCUUCUGUUUCACAGGGUCGACCCAGAAUCAGUUUUAUCCUGCAAGAAUGUGUUUUCUGGUUACCAGAAGAUUCCACGAUCUCCAACGCCGUCUGCAGGGAAAACCCCCAAAAGUGACAGUGAAACAUGGAGAAAACCUUUUGCAGUUGUUCGUGAUGAAAGAGAACUUCCAGUGCGAUUACUUGCAGAUAUUGACAGCUUAUUUAUUGCUUGCCAAGGUCUUAGGCUUCAUUACAAGCUCAGCUUGUCUGAAUCUUCAUCUUGUACUUUGGCAUCCACUACCUUUCUUGGACCAAAUCCCAGUUGCAACUCACCCAGAAUGGCCUCAGGAAGGCUUAAAAUUGACAAGGCACCUCAAACCGUUCCAUCUAAAACCCAACAUCAUCUCCACCGAAGCUUUAGCAACCAAUUCUACAGUUCUUUAUAUGAUCCAUUAUUAGAUGACUCUGCAACAUCGCCUGUUUAUUUGUCUGAAGAAAUUCCAGUGUUCAGCCUGGAUGAUGGUGAUUGUGAAAGAGGGCUGUUAAAUCUUGUGAGCUUGGAUGGAGAUGCAGAGGGAACUGGAAAGUUUGGCAUUGUUCUGGUACAUGGAUUUGGUGGAGGUGUCUUCUCAUGGAGACAUGUGAUGGGGGUGCUGGCAAGACGGGUUGGAUGCACUGUUGCAGCUUUUGAUCGGCCUGGAUGGGGAUUAACUUCUCGGCCACGCAGGAAGGAUUGGGAGGAAAAGCAAUUGCCAAAUCCUUAUAAGCUCGAAACUCAGGUUGAUCUGCUCCUUGCUUUCUGUUCGAAGAUGGGGUUUUCUUCUGUGGUACUUGUUGGUCAUGAUGAUGGAGGGCUUCUUGCUCUGAAAGCUGCACAAAAAGUUCAGACAUCUUCAACUUCAGUCCAUGUGGAUAUCAAGGGUGUUGUACUUCUCAGUGUCAGCUUGUCAAGAGAAGUUGUCCCUGCUUUUGCCAGGAUUCUCCUGCGUACUUCCCUGGGGAAGAAACACUUGGUCCGCCCCCUACUACGAACUGAGAUAACUCAAGUAGUUAAUCGGAGAGCAUGGUAUGAUGCAACCAAGUUAACCACAGAGGUCUUGAGUCUCUACAAGAUGUUUUUAUCUUGGGUACCAGAUGUAUUUAGAGCAUAUUUAGCUUCAGCCCCUGGACUUCUAGAAGGCAAGGAGGCACCACUGUGCAUCGAAGGAUGGGAUGAAGCGCUUCAUGAGAUAGGUAGACUGGCAUUUGAAACUGUUCUUCCACCAGAAAAUGCUGCUUUGUUGCUGAAAUCAGUCAAAGACUUGCCGGUUUUGGUUGUUGCUGGGGCCGAGGAUGCCCUUUUACCACUCAAAUCCGCUCAAGCUAUGGCUUCAAAACUUGGAAAUUCUAGACUAGUUGAAGUAUCUGGGUGUGGCCAUCUUCCACAUGAGGAGUGCCCCAAUGCAUUACUAGCAGCUUUAUCACCCUUCAUUAGCAGACUCUUGUCACCGGUCCAGCAUCAUGGCUUACAAAGACAAUAGCAUUUUUUGGUUGUCGUUUUAUAUUAGUUGCAGGUUCCUUAUUUUUCAAUUUUUUUUUCUCUUUCAAUUCUUCAAUUUACAUCAAGAGCAGAGCCGAAAACCUCUCCUCUUGGGUAGUUUUGAUGUGUUAUAUGUAUGUCGUCUUGGAGCCAAGCCCUGAUUGGUUCUUGAGCUCUGAUGUGUAUUUUUUUUUUCCUUUUAAUAUCUUGUGGGUCUUGUACUUUUCCACAAAGGGAGUGGAAAAUGUCGUAUUUGUAUAUUUCUCAGGGUGGUGUGUUAGAUGCAUGAUUUGAAACAUUGUUCGUUUCAUAUCUCAACUUAUCUAAUGCCAAAAGUUGAAGAUCAAAA